GGAGAUUCAAUUGCUUUGAGAUCAUCAGAAACUUGGUCAAGAGUCUCAUCCACUCGAAUCCAACAGCAAGAAUUCACCAAGUCAAGAACGAUCUACGAGCGUUGAAUCAAGAUGGCUAGAAAAGAAUACAUCCCGCUUGAGAAUCACCCUGAAGUGAUGACCAAGCUAGCUCAUGAGUUGGGUCUCUCAUCAGCCCUUGCUUUUCACGACAUCUACAGCCUGACCGAUCCAGAUCUCAUUGCCCUCGUACCACGACCAGCACAUGCCCUGCUCUUUACUUUCCCUGAGACCGAUACCUCCAUUCCCCACCGAGCACAUCAAAAGGCAACCGAUGCAGUCUACGAAGGUUCCGGUCCGGAUGAGCCCGUGCUUUGGUAUCCUCAGUAUGUUCAUAACGCCUGUGGGCUCAUGGGGCUCCUCCACUGCACUGUCAAUGACCCUGCGGCCGACUUCAUCGAAAAGGCAAGUACCCUGGACCAGUUCCGCCAGGCAACCAUUUCCUUGAAACCCAAAGAUCGUGGCGAGUUCAUUCAUGAUUCGGAGGUGCUGGAGAAGGCCCAUGCUGCAGCUUCGCAGGCUGGAGAUACUGUUGCUCCAGAACUGGGUGGAGACCCUGGUAACGCCUUCAUUGCGUAUGUCAAGGGCAAGGACGGACAUCUCUAUGAAUUGGAUGGAGGGAGGGGUGGACCAGUCGAUUUGGGUGUACUCCAAGAGGAAGAAGAUGUCUUGAGCAAGAAUGCUCUCGACCUGGGACCGUUGCAAUAUGUCAAGCGUGAAGGGUCUGGCGGUGGUACUGUGGCAUUCAGCUGCACCGUGCUGGCACCAAGUUUUGUCUGAGAUGGCAGAAGCUCUAGUCACUUGCUGUCCUGUCGCUUGACCGCGAGCUUGGGAGACUCAGCCACUUUUGAGCAAGAACUCUGGGCUUUUGAGAUCGACCCAACCCAAGUUGGGCUCACUUUGUUUCCACCCCAGCCGAUCCUGUACCAGAGGUGAAUAGGUGCGGACUUCUUCGACGGGGUAUGACAAGAAUGAAAUUUCUUCCUGACGGGAGACUCCGGUGCAUGAGAACAUGG